AUGGACGCCCACGCCCCUCAGAACACGGCGGCACAGCAGGGAGAGGAGGUGCAGGUCUCCUGCUCCUUCUUUACCAAGCUUGGCGCCGAUUUUCGCGUGCCGGAGGCUCCCAUCGCGGUGCCCGCAAACCUCACACGGUAUGGCCUGUCUCAGAUCAUCAAUCACUUGCUUGCGCUAGACCCGGCGAGGCCCUUUGAUUUCCUCAUAGAUGGCGAGCUGCUGCGGCUCAGCCUGCACCGCCACCUGCUGGCCAAGCACAUCUCUGCGGAAGCGGUGCUGCGUGUGGAGUAUGUGCCUGCGGUGCUGCCGCCCACGCCCAAGGAGGAGCAUCCGCACGAGGACUGGGUCAGCGCGGUGGCGGGCUGCGGCGGCGGCGGCAGCAGCGGCGGCGCCCCGCUCCUCGCCAGCGCCUGCUACGACGGCGUCGUGCGGCUGUGGGCCGGCGGGGAGUGCGGCGCCAGCUUUGUGGCACACAAGGGCCCCGUGCAGGCGGCGGUGGCCGUGGCCACCCGCUCCGCCUCCCCGGGCGCUGGCCCACUGCUGCUGACGGCCGGCAACGACGGCGCGGCGCGGCUGUGGGUGGGCGUGGCGGCCGCGGCCCGCGGCGGGGCGGCCCCAGAGGCAGCCGCGCUGCUCAAGGGGCACACAGACACGGUGCAGGCGGCGGCCGCCGCGCCCGACGGCAACCUGUGCGCCACCGGCGGCUGGGACUCGCGCCUGCUGCUGUGGCGCUGCGGCGACGUGCUGCUGGCCGCCGCCGAGGCGGCGGCCGGCGAGGAGGGCGACGAGGCGGCGGAGGCGGCGGCUGCGGGCAGCAAGAAGAGGCGCAAGACAGCCAACGGGGCGGCCGCGGCGGCGCAGCACGUGGAGGCACCCCGGGGGGAGCUCAAGGGGCACAGCCAGUGUGUGUCCGGCAUCAGCUGGGCCGCGCCAGGCACCCUGGCCAGCGCCUCCUGGGAGCACUCUGUGCGGCUGUGGGAUGUGGAGACCGCCGCAGCCAGCGACACCCACCACCACAACAAGGCCGUGCACUGCGUGGCGGCAGCGCCCGGCGGCGCGGGCCUCGUCGCGUUUGGCGGCGCGGAGAAGGCGCUGCGGGUGUGGGACCCGCGCGUGCGGAGUGGCGAGGGGCUGGCGGUACGGUCCUGCGCCUCGCACACCGGCUGGAUCUCGGCGGUGGCCUGGCACCCCACCUCAGCGCACCACGCGGCCACCGCCUCGCACGACGGUGCCGUGAAGCUCUGGGAUCUACGGGCCUCCAUCCCGCUCCACACGCUGGAGGCACACACGGACAAGGUGCUGUGCGUGGCCUGGGUGGGCCCCUCCACGCUGGCCAGCGGCGGCGCCGACUGCAAGCUGCGCACGGCAGAGGUGGCGCUGGGGCAGUAG